CGCACGACUGCACCUAGCCGUCGCGCGUCUCUCCCAGGUCUUCGAGCUAUCAGAUUCCCUGUGAAGGCCACCCUUUCGCAUCCAACAGCUAGGUUCUUAGCAGUUUAGGGCUACACAGCAACCACCACGACCACCACCAUGACAGAGGUAUCUUCUACGCGCCUCUACUUGGGCAACCUUCCCCGCAAUGCCACCAAGGCAGAAGUCGAGACCCACUUCCAGACCCAUGGCACCGGCGAGAUCACUGAGAUCAAGCUCAUGAAUGGCUUCGGUUUCAUUGAGUACAAGGACGCCAUGGACGCGCGUGACGUUGUUCCUGCCUUCCAUGGUUCUGACUUCAUGGGCGAGCGCCUGAUCGUCCAGUUUGCGCGGGGAUCCCGCCGCAACGAGAACUUUACUCCCCACGAGCGAGUUCCCCCACGUCCUCGUCGUACUCCAUACCGGAUGAGGAUAACAAACCUUCCGGUGGAGACCAGCUGGCAGGAUCUCAAGGACUUUGCCCGCCAAUCUGGACUGGACGUCGUCUACUCCGAAGUCGGUCGCGAGCGUGAUGGCACUGGUUUCGUCGAGUACGAGACGGCCGCCGACUUAAAGACUGCCGUUGAGAAACUGGACCGCCGUGAGUUCAAGGGUCAGGAAGUCACCUGCACUCAGGACAUCUCCGACCCACCUCCACCCCCUCCUUUCAAGCCAAGGGCUCCUUACGGAGGCCCUGGUGGUCCUGAUGACAGGGCCCGUGAUAGGUACCGAUCUCGCUCUCCCAUGGGCCGCCGUGGUGGCGGCUACCCUCCCGCUCCGUAUGAUGAUUACUACGAUCGCCGCGGUCCUCCUCGUGGUUACAGCCCCCGCCGGGAUGACUACCGCCGCCGCACCCCGCCGCGCGAAUUCUAUGAUAGACGUGAAGGAGGAUAUGGUCGCUCGCCGCCUCGUGGUCGCAUGGCGCCUGAUGAGUACGGCCCACCGCGUGCGCGCUACCCUGACGAUCCUUACGAUGCUAGGGCCGGUCCACCUCCUCGUCGCUACGAUGACCCCUACAUGAACGGCGGCGGCGCUCGUCCCUACGAUGGAGGUCGUCCUCCUUCUCCUCGUGGCGCACGCCCCCGCAGCCCGGGAGGUCGCCCACCUUACGAUGCCCCGCCGGCUGGUGAAUACCCGCCCCGUGGACGGUACUGAUGGUAUAUCUCUCCUGCGCAAAUUCCGACACGCCUUGAACAGCGCUUAUAUCACCAGAUGCCGGUCAAUGUCGGACGAAAAGCCGCGGCGCCUGCUCAAACGGGACACUGGCGUGUGUAUGAACCAGGAUGAGACUACUCUACUGUUUCUUUCACCCCGGACGGAUAUUUGACUGGUUUUGUUGGAUCCAUCAUGUAUUUCUUCUGGUCUUUGGGUGGUUGCCGCUCGACUGGCUGUACAAUCUCUGGGGCUUGGGCAGCCUUCCGUGGACUCUUCAAAACAUGCCCAAUAUGGGUCUUCUCGCACCUAAAAGUUCCUUAUCGGGUGCAUUAUCGACUUCUGUUUUUUGCAAUUAAUGGAUCAUGUUUAUUAUGUACAUAAGUUCCCAGCUAUGAGUGUGCGCGCAGUUUACUGCAUAAGGCAAAUGAAAUUGGUUGCAUAA